ACAGAAGUUGACGUUAAGAUUGAAAAUGUUUGAAGAACCUAAAAGUGGUCACAGUUUGAUGCAAUUUCAUAUACUAAUUACGUACGAGUCGAUAAAAACUUAUCGGAUGAAGAAGAACAAUCAAGUCAGUUUCGAUUCCUUAUUUAACUGAAGAAUUAACAAUGAUAGAAAAAAUCAAAGGAUUUACAAAAUCACGAGCAAAUCUCGAGAAGACGCAAAUGUCCGGAAGUCACAACCCCCAACAGCCAAACAGCCAGGUAAGCUGAUUAUGGAAGUGAGAAUCAAUACAAUACUAUUUAUAAUGAUUUUCAUGAAUGCGGAAUGGAAUCACGCUACUGCUAAUAAAGCAAAAGAUUGCCAAUGCGUCUCAAUUUGGCAAUGCAACGAGAAAUCUGGAGAUAAUCUCGACGAUGAAAUCAUUAACUUACGACCUGUGAGAAGCGUAAUUGUACGGAAAAGAAAAGAUUGCGAUUCCAUACUUGAAAUCUGUUGUGACCUUGACCAAAUAAUAUUUUCUGAAACGAAGCAAAUAAGUGUGGCUAAUUGCGGAAUUCGUCAUUUUGAGGGAAUCAACUCAAGUAUGACGAGCAGAAACUAUUACGAAACGAAAUUCGGCGAGUUUCCUUGGACGAUUGCAGUGUUGCAUAACACAGCUGACAAACAAGAUGAAUACAUUUGCGAUGGAGCCCUCAUUCAUCGGAAAGUUGUUUUGACAGCUGCGCACUGCGUUGACGGGAAAAUUCCAGAGAGAAUUAAAAUUCGAGCUGGAGAAUGGGAUACCCAAAGUACUAACGAAAAAUUGCCGCACCAGGAUCGCGCUGUUGAAACUAUUAUAAUUCACGAAAAUUACAACUCUGAAUUUUUUUUCAAUGAUGUUGCACUUUUGAUCUUAAAUCGAUCAUUAAAAAUAACGAACAACGUAAAUGUCAUUUGCCUUCCUGAAUCUAUUAAUGAAUUCAAAACUACUCAAUGCAUCAUCAGCGGCUGGGGUCUAAACCAUCUAGGCGACUCGUACGAAAAGGUUUUGAAAAGAAUGAAUUUGCAAAUAUUACCUCGAAUUAUUUGCAAAAGAGCUCUACAACAAAGUGGAUUAGAUAGCAAUGUUUUGCUCGAUAAAAGUCUAAUCUGUGGGACUGAUAGAGUUAAAAACAGUAUAUGGAAGGGAAACGGUGGCAGUCCUUUUGUUUGUCCUUUGAAAAAUGACAACCAAAGAUUUGUUCAGGUAGGAAUUUUAGCCCAAAACGUGGGAUACUCUGAGCGGGCUCCUAAUAUUUUUGCAAGUGUUAUACAGGCACGCAUAUGGAUUGAUGAACAGUUACUGUUUUACAACUUAGAUAAUACUGAAUAUCGUCCACAAACACAUAUAUACUAAUAAGCGUCUAUAUAUGUGUUGAUAUUAGAAUGCAUAAUUUGCUUAAAAAAAUCCACUUUUAAAUUAUUCUAAUAUUGCAAGAUAACGUUUCUGCUGAUUGGUCAUUUGAAUAUGUAUAAUUUUCAAUAAUUUUCAAUGCUAUAUGAUUUUUUCAUUUUAUAAAAAUUAUUUUUAUUUUUCAAAUUAAUCGCAUAGAAAUAAUUCAAUACUUUACCGAGAUCUGACAUGUUAGUCAGCGGUAUAUCAAUAUGGCGCCAUGGAAGCCUACCAGCAUAGGUAACAUAGGGCAAAGUAGUGUUUUUAUACAAAAUAUUAACAAUAAUGAAAAACAUGCAAAUGGAGAUCUGCUUACCCUAAAAAUUUAAGGGGAAAAAGAAAAUUUGAAAACUUUAUUUUAAUUAUCUAUUUUUUACAAAUUGUUUUUAGUAAAGUAAAGCAGAUAUGUCAGGUUCCAUAAACCAUCAUUUUAGUUUUGUGUUCACGAAUUGAUGUAUAUACUAUAUCGGUGUCUCAAGGUUGUAUUUUGUAGUUUAGUUAAGAAUUUUAACCAAUAAGUUUCCAUAGUAAGUGAACGCAAUAAAAGUGUUUUAAAAGAUUUCCAUCGUUGCUCGUCCAUAAUUGUUAUUUUCACCUAUAGACUAUAUUUCAAUAGUAAUAUUAGGCUUAUAGCACAUAUUGUCCAUCUAUUUGAUUAAAAUUCAUUACAUUGUUAGUAUUAAUUUCGAUACUUAACGUUUAUGGAAUAGUAUUGAAUUUGUUACUA